CCCCCCUCCUCUCUCUCUCUCUCUCUGUUAUCCUUUUUUUCAUAUCUCAGACCUGGUUUUCAAGAAGACGUAUAUAUCCAAUCCAAUCUUAAAGCUCUUAGAUAAACACCAAUUGCAACAAACCCUUUUUCUUAAAUUUUUUUUUUAAACGGCACCAUUGAUAUUCCCACUUCAGCUCUAUUUUACGAGUCAAGAAUUCCCCCAUGUUCAAUGGGAAUGAAUCUUUAUUAUUAUCAUCAACAAACAUUUUCCGUUGUUGUAGAUUGUAGAUUUUUACUGCUAAUUUAGCAAUCAAUCUAUUAAACAAUGGACAAACACCGUAGUAGAUGGACAUAUUCAAUCACGAAGCUUAUUUUCUGGACCACACUUUUUGCAGGUACCAUUCUUUUCAUAUGUUUCCACUCUCCUCCUUCUGAUUCCCCAUCUAUCCACCCCAAGAUGAAAUGGGGCAGCCCACAAUGGGAAAAGCGUGUCAAAUCCUCUGCCCGAUCUCGUUCCGGUCAUUUUACCAUCCUCGUCACCGGUGUUGCCGGUUUCGUCGGGUCCCACGUUUCCGCCGCCCUGAAACGGCGCGGGGACGGCGUCGUCGGUCUGGACAAUUUCAACAGCUAUUACGAUCCAUCAUUGAAAAGAGCUCGUCAGAAAUUGUUAGAACGUAAUGGGAUUUUUGUUAUUGAAGGUGAUAUUAAUGACAGUCAUUUACUCAAGAAGCUUUUUGACAUUGUGGCAUUUACUCACGUAAUGCACUUAGCUGCACAAGCUGGCGUUCGUUACGCUAUGAAAAAUCCUGGUUCUUAUAUCCACAGUAAUAUUGCAGGUCUCGUUAGCGUUUUCGAGGCCUGUAAAUCAGCUAAUCCACAGCCUGCAAUUGUUUGGGCAUCGUCUAGCUCUGUUUAUGGACUUAAUUCUAAAGCACCCUUUUCAGAAAAAGAUCGAACGGAUCAACCAGCAAGUCUUUACGCCGCCACAAAGAAAGCUGGUGAAGAGAUUGCUCAUACUUAUAACCAUAUCUAUGGUCUUUCAAUUACAGGGCUGAGAUUUUUCACUGUUUAUGGACCCUGGGGUCGGCCUGAUAUGGCGUAUUUCUUCUUCACAAAGAAUAUAUUAAAGGGAAAGAGUAUUAAUGUGUUUGAAGGUUCUAAUAAUAAAAGUGUAGCAAGGGAUUUUACUUACAUUGAUGAUAUAGUGAAAGGGUGUUUAGGGGCAUUGGAUACAGCUGAGAAGAGUACAGGAAGUGGUGGGAAGAAGAAGGGAAAUGCGCAAUUGAGAGUGUUCAAUUUGGGGAAUACUUCACCUGUUCCAGUUACUAAGCUGGUUAGUCUAUUGGAGAAGUUGCUUAAAGUAAAGGCUAAAAAGAAUGUGUUGCCAUUGCCAAGAAAUGGGGAUGUGAUGUUUACUCAUGCUAAUAUUAGCUAUGCUCAAAAGGAAUUUGGAUAUAAGCCUAGUACAGAUUUGCAGAUGGGGAUACAGAAGUUUCUUAAUUGGUAUCUUGAUUACUAUUCAAUUAGUGAGAAGAAAAAGAGUUUUUGGUGACAUUACUAAUGAAGCUUUUAGCUACUGAGCAAAUAGAUGUACCCAAAACAGAAAGUAGGAGGGUCUAUGAGCUUGGCACAAGAAAAUAUCGAAAACUUGUAUAGGUAUUUUAAUUUUUAGUGGACCGGAAUAUUUGAUUUUCCUUUAUUUUUUUAACCUUGAACAACUGUAUUAAUGACUUCCAGUUGGGGAGAUUUCAUUAUGUUAGUCAUCUCACAGUCUUAAUGAAUUGUGCUUCCUUCUUUAC